CUCCCCUCCUCACAGCCCCGGCCUCCUGCCUUGGCACCUGGGGAAUAGGAGUUUGGAGAAGGGGUUGAGCCCUUCCAAACCUCAGGGGCAAGGCCCUUCCUCCUAGGCUCCGGCUCUCCUCCCUCCCAGAGGGUCCUCAGCCUGGGCCUGCAUGGGGUGAUGGGGGAGGCAUCUCUGCAUUCCCUUCCGGGAAAUGGAUGCUCUGUCACCGCAGCCUAUCAAAAGGAGCCAGGCCACACGAAGCCAGGGAGGAGGAGGAAGGAGGAAGGCUGCCAGGUCAGCUUUCUGUUGAAGCUCGGGCAGAGGAAGGAAAGGCCAGCAGUCUCAGGAGGCCUCAGCCAGGGCGGAGGCAGCCUAGGGGCUGGAAGGCCUGGAGCUCGUGGCCACCCUGGGGCCACAGUCUGGGCGAGAGUGACUGCAGUGACCUCAUCCCCAUUUCAGAGAGGCGGAGAUUGAGACUGAGGGCGGGUCCCCAGGGUCCUUUGUGUUCAAUGGAGAAUGCAGCUGGGGUGGGCCAGUCGUGUGCCAAUUGCAGGGUUGCCACGGUUACUGGGGGAUGCCCAGAGCUAUGGGAGCAUCAGGUUCUCUCUCCUCCUCCCUCCCUCCCCGGGGGAGGAGCAGCGGGAGGAGCAGCAGCGGGGACCAAGGCACGUGCCAGGGCUCUGUACACAUAUGAGGACGGCUCAGAUGACCUCAAGCUUGCAGCAUCAGGAGAAGGGGGCUUGCAGGAGCUUUCAGGCCACUUUGAGAACCAGAAGGUCAUGUACGGCUUCUGCAGCGUCAAGGACUCCCAAGCUGCUCUGCCAAAAUACGUGCUCAUCAACUGGGUGGGUGAAGAUGUGCCUGAUGCCCGUAAGUGCGCUUGUGCCAGCCAUGUGGCCAAGGUGGCUGAGUUCUUCCAGGUGUGUGUGUGGGGCCAGGGCUCUUGAGAGCGGGGACAGCCACCAGGGUCUGCAUGCUGAGGUGGUGAUGGCGGGAGGGCGGGGCCGCCUGAGCACUGCCAUGUUCUUGCGGAAGGGCGUCGAUGUGAUCGUGAACGCCAGCAGCGUGGAAGACAUCGACGCAGGUGCCAUCGGGCAGCGGCUCUCCAACGGGCUGGCGCGGCUCUCCAGCCCCGUGCUGCACCGGCUGCGGCUGCGAGAGGAUGAGAAUGCCGAGCCUGUGGGCACCACCUACCAGAAGACAGACGCAGCUGUGGAAAUGAAGCGGAUUAACCGAGAGCAGUUCUGGGAGCAAGCCAAGAAGGAAGAAGAGCUGCGGAAGGAGGAGGAGCGGAAGAAGGCUCUGGAUGAGAGGCUCAGGUUCGAGCAGGAGCGGAUGGAGCAGGAGCGGCAGGAGCAAGAGGAGCGUGAGCGGCGCUACCGGGAGCGGGAGCAGCAGAUCGAGGAGCACAGGAGGAAACAGCAGACUUUAGAAGCGGAAGAGGCCAAGAGGCGGUUGAAGGAGCAGUCCAUCUUCGGUGACCAUCGGGAUGAGGAGGAAGAGACCCACAUGAAGAAGUCGGAGUCAGAGGUGGAGGAGGCAGCAGCCAUUAUUGCCCAGCGGCCUGACAACCCACGGGAGUUCUUCAAGCAGCAGGAAAGAGUCGCAUCGGCCUCUGCGGGCAGCUGUGAUGUGCCCUCGCCCUUCAACCACCGACCAGGCAGCCACCUGGACAGCCACCGGAGGAUGGCACCCACUCCCAUCCCCACGCGGAGCCCAUCUGACUCCAGCACCGCCUCCACCCCUGUUGCUGAGCAGAUUGAGAGGGCCCUGGAUGAGGUCACAUCCUCACAGCCUCCACCACUGCCACCACCACCCGCACCAGCCCAAGAGACCCAGGAGCCCAGCCCCAGCCUGGACAGUGAGGAGACCAGAGCAGCAGACCCUCAGGCCUGGGCCGGCUCCAUGGAGGAGCCCCCCCAGGCACAGGCACCUCCCCGGGGGCCAGGCAGCCCUGCCGAGGACUUGAUGUUCAUGGAGUCUGCAGAGCAGGCUGUCCUGGCUGCCCCUGUGGAGCCUGCCACAGCCGACGCCACUGAGGCCCAUGAUGCAGCUGACACCAUUGAUACCGCCACUGCCACUGCUGACGCCACUGUUGCCAACAACGUACCCCUUGCCACCACCAGCCUCAUUGACCUAUGGCCUGGCAAUGGGGAAGGGGGCUCCUCACUGCAGGGUGAGCCCAGGGCCCCCACACCACCCUCAGGUACUGAGGUCACCCUGGCAGAGGUGCCCCUGCUGGACGAGGUGGCUCCGGAGCCAGUGCUGCCAGCAGGCGAAAGCUGUGCCACCCUUCUCAACUUCGAUGAGCUGCCUGAGCCGCCAGCCACCUUCUGCGACCCAGAGGAAGUAGAAGGGGAGCCCCUGGCAGUCCCCCAGGCCCCAACUCUGCCCUCGGCCCUUGAGGAGCUGGAGCAAGAGCAAGAGCAGGAGCCAGAGCCCCACCUGCUGACCAAUGGCGAGACCACCCAAAAGGAGGGGACCCAGGCCAGUGAGGGGUACUUCAGUCAAUCACAGGAGGAGGAGUUCGCCCAAUCGGAAGAGCUCUGUGCCAAGGCUCCGCCUCCUGUGUUCUACAACAAGCCUCCAGAAAUUGACAUUACGUGCUGGGAUGCAGACCCAGUUCCAGAAGAGGAGGAGGGCUUCGAAGGUGGUGAUUAGCAGUGGCGCCAGUCCUAGGCUGCCCUUGCCAAGGCCGCCCACCUGCAUCGGCCUCUGGCCAGACGGCCCGCCGUGCCUGCAUUCGCAGCAGCUCCGCCUGGCACCCACUCCGGAUUCCGGCCCUGGCUGGGGACUUGGCCGCUUCCCUACCCACAGGGCCUGACUUUUACAGCUUUUCUCUUUUUUUUAAAGUUGAUAGGAGACUUGUACAGUUGACUGGUUUUCCUCCCGUUGGUAGUUGAGACGCUGUUGCAAAUUCCACUCCUCCUUCCCUGGUCCAGGUUGUAGCUGUUAGUCCUCCCUGCUCAGCUGGCCGGGGUGGAGGCCUCACCCUGCUUGGGGCCUGGCGUGGGGGGAGCUCUGGUGGGAAAAUGUUCUCCACCUCUUUUCCUAGUUUUAUGUUUCUUGGAAAAAUAUCACUUUGUAUUCUCUGUCCAGGGCUUCAGAUAUUUUGCACGAAUUUUAAAACAUGGCAAUAAAUGGCUCGUGGGCUCUGGCUCCCUGGGACCCCCUCCCCGCCCUUCUUUUGACCCUUCCCUGUCUGGCCCAAAGGAAGUAGCAGGCCCAGCCGGGGCCCCUGGGCCACCCACCCCCCUCUCCUGCCGGGCAGGUCCCAGGCUGGAGGCCCUAGGCGCGGCUCAGGUCAGGGCUGUGGAUGGGGCCCAGGGGCUCAUUGAGUGGCCCCUCCCCAACUCCUUCCUCUUUGCUUGGGUUCCUUUUUCACAUUCAGUAACGUUUUUUUUUUUUUUUUUUUUUUUCUUUUUUUGAGAAAGCACAAACUUCUGUAACGGGUCGUGCUCAUGUCUGUUAAUAAAGAAAUCCAGAUCCC